AUGACAGGAGAAAUUGUACGACUAGCCAAGAGGAAAUGGGAAGCGUACAAAAGGUCUGGGCAUCUGAGGCCAGAACGGGCCCUGGAGGAAUAUCGGAAGAGGCGGUCAAGUUUCCGCAGAGCAGCUGGGCACCAGGUGACCGAUUAUGGGAGAGAAAGGUAUUUUGUUUUCAGUAAACUGUUCGCCAAUGAUACAGAUCAGAGCCGACACCAGGAAAUCCGGGGAAAGCUGGCUGCAGUGGAGAAUACCGGGUUUCAUAUCAGAAGGUGUGAUGUGCCUGGCAGUUUGGGGAAGGAGCAGAAGGUGGCGGGCGUGUGCCAGUCUGAGGGGUGCCAGUCCGAGGGGUGCCAGUCCGAGGGGUGCCAGUCCGAGGGGUGCCAGUCCGAGGGGGAGGUGUCCGGGCAGCGUUCCGAACGCCCGGAGCUCAGUAACUCCCCCAGCAUCAACGAGGAGAUCCAGCGCAUGCUCAACCAGCUGAGGGAUUAUGAGUUUGAGGACGGCUGUGACAGUCUGGCCUGGGAGGAGACGGAUGGGACCCUCCUGCUCUGGGAAGACCUGACCAAUGGGACCCCUACAGCCCCGGGAGACAUGGUCAGUGAGGUG